UUCUACUGCAGAUGAAGAAGCAAGUGAUGAGGUGCAAGGUGUUCCCAUUAAUGCAAAUCUAACUGAAGCGCCGAAGCAUUCAGAAACAACAUUUGAACGUGAAAUUCCACAAGAAUUCGCUUUGAAUCCUUUACGUGAAGCCUGUAAUUCUUCCUAUUCUGAAACACAAAGUUCAUAUGACAUUACUGGAAGACUAAAGGACGUGACUAGAAAAGAUAGAAAUUCGGAAUCAGCUGUGUGGAAGAAUGAGGCAUUAAUUUGUUCAAACGAUAAGCUUAAUUCGAAAUGCGCUGAUGAAAAAACUGAUGAUACUAUGAAUGUGUGUAUUGCUGAAGAAACGGAACUAAAAAAUAUCAAAAAUUCGUCAGCAGUUAGUCCGACUUUCGUCAGCAAUGAAAGUUCAAUCAACACAUCAGUUGAAAAUAAAGCAAUUCGGCCUGCAAUUGCUUCUACUGAACAAAACCAGACAUUAAUUGAAGAACAAGUUUCAUCCCAAUGUGAGAGAUCGUUUGAGGCUGAGCUUGAUGAUUUAGAGGAAGAGAUAAACGAAAAAAAGAGAUUAAUCGAGAAGUUACUCUCCGGUAGAAACGUUUCCCAUAUCAUGCAUUCAUCAGAAUUAAAAAAUGAUAUUAUAAUUUCCAAAGGUGCGCUUACUUGUGAAAGUGGGUCUAUCCAGUCUACAUCAUCCGUUGCUGAUGUUUUUAUUAAUGCUGAGAACCUGGAUGAAUCUCCGUCUGUUGAAGGUGAAGAUCCUGGCACAGUAAAUGAGUUUGAAGGAAAAACAUAUGAGGAACUUGAUGAAAUUCAGAUGAGAUUAGAUGAUGAUCUUGAGAAUUUGAAGGAAGAAAGAACACGUCAGAGUCGUCUUGCUGCCACGGUCACGGACGAAAUGUAUAAAGACAGCCAAGAGUUACUACAGUUAUUUGGAAUCCCGUAUGUUGUUAGUCCAAUGGAAGCUGAGGCUCAAUGUGCCACCCUGAAUAAAAAUGAUUUAUGUGAUGGGUCUAUUACUGAAGAUAGCGACAUUAUUUUAUUUGGAGCAAGAAAAGUUUAUCGAAACAUUUUCAAUCAAAAGCGUGACGCAGAGUUGUAUGAGGAAGAUGAUGUCAAGUGUAUGUUGGGACUGGAUCGUUUGAAUUUAAUUCUAAUUGCAAUGCUUGCUGGAAGUGACUACACUGAAGGUGUUCAAGGAAUAGGGAUUGUUUCUGCUAUGGAAGUGAUUAAUGAAUUUUCUGGAGAAGGAAUUGUGAAAUUACAAAAUCUGAAGAAUUGGUUUUAUGAAAAAUCCUCUCGUUCUUUUCAAGAAAGUAAAGUAAAAAAGAAACUGAGAAAUGCUAAACUUCCUCUUGGUUUCCCUUCUGAACAAGUUUUUGAAGCUUAUCUCAAUCCACGUGUUGAUGAUUCUAAAGAGGCAUUUUCAUGGGCAAAUCCGGACCUUCAUGGCCUAAGAUUGUAUGCUUCAGAAAAGCUUGGUUGGUCCAAAGUAAAGACAGAUGAAAUUUUAUUGCCGGUUUUAAAACGUCUUAACAGCAAAGAGGUGAAUUUGAAAAUUGAUGCUUUUUUCCCCGUUCAAUACAAAGGCGCUAAAAAAAUAAAAAGUAAACGUGUGAAGCGAGUUGUUAACCGCCUAAUUAACAAAGAAAGUGAAGACGAUGAACAUAACACUGUAAAAAAACGUAAAAUGGUGAAACAAUCCACUAAAAUCAAAACGACACAAAAACAAAGAUUGGAUAAUACUAGCAAUGUCAAUGAACUUACUUUUGAUGAACGAUCAAGUGCCAUGAUCAAUGUUCAAAAGUCAUGCCGAAAGAAUGCUUCAUCUGACUCAACGUCGGACACCAGCGAUGAAGAUCAUAAUUACAUUCCUUUCAACGAGAAGCGUGGCGGAGUUUCGUCACGGAGUAGAGGCGCACGCGGAGUGAGAAAGACAGGAAACAGGCAAAAUGCAAAAAAACGUUUUCAACAUGAUUCGUAAUGCAAUGUAUUAGUGCUUGCCAGCUAUAAUCCAAAUCAAGAAUAUUGAAAGUGAGAAAAAAUAUUUUUAAAAUUACCAAAUUGCCAGACUUGUAACGGUUUGGUGUCCUUGGUGAAGUACUCCAUUACUCCUUGCACAAGAUGACAUAAAAUAUUGCGAAGUUUCGGAAAAUUUUUAGACUUGGAAUGGCACGGUAUCGUUGGUGUACAAUUUAGUUAUGUGAUCUAAUGUCAAGUUGUUCGAUGUUGGCAAUUUUAUGAAGAAUCGCGGGGAACAGAAAGUUUUGAAUUCAAUGUUUUGCGUUCAUUGUAUUUCCUUCUGCCACCCUUUUAUCAUGUUCUGGUAUUUCCUUGCCAGCCAUUUGGUCGUCAUCCUUUGAAUGCGGGAUGUUUUGUUACUUCUUGCGAUUCCGGUGAUGAGGAUAAUCUACUUUAUAGUUUACAUAGGUCAAGUACACUCUCGGCUGGUUAUCUCGCAGUAAAAGUCGGCCUAAAUUUAGUGGUAGCAAGAGGUGUUAAUCAAAUAAAGAUUGUUACCCUAAAA